AUGAAGCGCGGAAGAUUUAAUCAAAAGAAACAUCGUCCUGGACCGUUUAAUCGUAGUGCCGGUGGAAGAAAUGGCCCUCCACGUAGCUACACCGUCCGUACAUCCUGUAUCGCAGAGAAAGAUAUCUACUGUACGGAAUACGUAUCGAAGCUGGCCGGAUUCCAAGGCGUUUUAAAGUCAAGAUUUUCAGACUUUCAUGUGAAUGAAAUCGAUGCUGAAGGUGAGCAAGCAAUCCUAACAGAUACGACCAUGCCUAAACCUGUCGCUGCUUCAACGGAGAAUGAAAACGUGGACAACCCUAUCGAUCCGAACGAGGAGUUAGUUCGCUUAAUAACGGCCGAGAACGUCAAACGCAUACAGGAAGUGGUGGAUGAAAUCGGAGAACCAUCCGUAAGCAUUGAUGUGACGGAUCUUUCGAAACAGGAUCGUACGGCGAUUCACACGAGAGUAAAGGCUGUUUUCGGAGCUACCAUUGUCGGUUCGACCGUAACGGAAGGAGACCGCAAGCUGAUAAAAAUCACAAAAUAUACCAGCUCGAAGGCAGGUGAUCGACGCGAGAAGUGGAUGUGGCCCCACCCGUACACAUACUUCCUGCUGUACAAGGAAAAUCUCGACACCAUCCAGGCGACGAUGAUGCUCGCCCAAAAGCUGCACUGUGCUCCCUCGCUGCUGACGUACGCAGGGACGAAGGAUCGACGUGCUAAAACCACCCAAUGGAUUUGCAUCAAAACGCGUGAGCCAGCCAAAAUAGCUGCAGCUGCACGAAGCAUUCCGAACGCUCGUGUUGGUAACUUUACGUUUAAACCAACCACGCUCAAACUGGGACAGCUGCAGGGUAAUCGAUUCCGCAUUGCUCUUCGCCAAGUAACGGCUAGCGAUGAAACCAUCAGCAGCUGUAUGGAAGAGUUCCGGGCGACGGGCUUUAUCAAUUAUUACGGGUUGCAGCGGUUCGGAAACUGUGCCUCUGUGCCCACGUACAAGAUUGGCAUCGAAAUGCUCAAAGGCAACUGGAAGGAAGCGUGCGAAUUAAUUUUACAACCACGCGAAGAUGAGCCACCGUUUAUGGUGGAAAUGCGUGCCGUCUGGGCACAAACGCACAAUGCGAAGGAAACGUUAAAAAUGCUUCGUGCAUCGAAUAAAUCGGUCGAAGCCUCACUGCUCCACUGGUUGGCUAACCGUGGUGCAAAGGAUUUCUACGGUGCUAUUGGGCAUUUACCUCGGAAUGUCCGGUUACUGUACUUGCACGCGUACCAAAGCCUGAUCUGGAACCGUGUGGCUUCAGAACGCAUCCGGAAGUAUGGCUUUAAACCGGUCGAAGGAGAUCUGGUUUACGCGGACAAGGAAGAUAAGAUGACCAUUGCAAAGGCAGAAGCUCUGUGUUGUGAUGGAGAAGAAGAAAAUUUAAAUGCAAUUGAGAUGAUAGAAACCGAGCAGGAAGACGAUGCGGAACAAAAUGAAUGCGAAGAAAGAGCUGAAGAUGAUCGAGAGGAAGAAUCUUACUUUAAAAAUCUCGUACGACCCCUAACCACGGAAGAUAUCACUUCGGAACAAUAUAGUAUGUUCGAUAUAGUACUCCCACUUCCCGGGCACGAUAUAACUUACCCGAGCAAUGAGUGUGCCCGCUGGUACGAAGAAGCGUUGGCCGAAGAAGAACUAACGUCGGAAAAAUUGCGUCUAAAAUCGAAAAGUUUAUCGCUGGCCGGUGCGUACCGGAAACUAUUCGUCCUCCCAGAACGGUUGGAGUGGAAGAUUGUACACUACGCGAAACCGACCGAUACGCUUAUACUUUCCGAUGUGGAAAAGAUGAAAAGCGUUCCCGAACCACCAUUUGCCGAAUGGGCUGCGAAAGAAUCCGCACAAAAAGCGGUUCUUCUUGACUUCCGGCUACCAACGUCCACCUACGCAACGAUGGCUCUACGUGAGAUUCUGAAAACUGACACCUCUUCCAGUAAUCAACGAACGCUGGAAAAGAUGGGCCAAGAAGCCGUUAAAGGAGGGGAGUCGAUGGAAGAGGAAAAUGAAUCUAUUACGAGGGUACCGAUGGCGGACAGCGAACCGGAAAGCAAAAAAGCGAAGCAAGAAGUCGAUGAAUAG